AUGGCGACCGGUGAGAGGCGACCAAAUCUCAGGUUGCUCAGGACGUCAUUGAUUCUGGACCAAGGCGACACACGCACGACUCGCCAUGGAGACUGUCUCAGACUGUGUGCUUACAACGCGAGAACAGUUUCCACAGUUGCUGACCUGCAUGCCCUUCUCGGAGCUGCAGAGCGUAUCAAAUUUCACGUGAUUGCUCUGCAGGAGACCAAAUGCAGAAGGAGCGACGUACGACAGAUGAAUGACGGUACACUCGUCAUUCGUGGAGAGAAGGUUCCGUCGCGAAAUGUAAGCGAUGUUGGUUUGUUGUGCACCCAUGUGUCGUCCAUCUCGUCGAUUCUCACGAGAUCCUGUCACGUCGUCUGGCCAUUCUUCGCCUCCGCCCUCUGCGCCAAAAAUCCAUCAGUAUCAUCAACUGCUACCCACCAACAUCAGCAGCUGAUGAAUCCGAACUGGACACGUUUUAGAGGAACUGGAGGAAGUAGUCCGCAACGAGAAGUCCUUCUACAAAUUCGUUGUCGGGCCAACCAAAAGAAGAAUUGA